AUGGCGGGUUCUUUAGGCGAAAAUGGGCUGAUUUUAGAAAGGGGCAGUAACCCAGUGGAGUCUGACGAAGGGGGAAAUGGAUCGAGGGAUAGGCAUGUGGAAGAUGAGAUAGUCGGUUUCAAUUUUAGGGAGGAGUUUGCUCAACUGAGUCAAAAUAAGAGGAAGAAAAAGUCUUUGAACAAAAAAAUUAAGUCGAUGCGUGAAAUUCAAAAUGGAGUGUUGUCGACAAAGGAGAAACAAAAGAGGGAUAGAAAGGAGAAGCUAAAGAAGAGGAAAACGGUAGCAACGGUCAUCUUAAGAGAGGUUAAAAGAACUUGGAAAGUAGGAAAGAAGGUGGGGUUGAGUGUGAGAGGUGACGAGGAAGAGGUGAUUGAAGAAAUAGGGAGAUUAGAGGGCCAGAAGGGGAUGAGAAUUGUUUCUUGGAAUAUUAGAGGAUUAGGCUCAGAGGUGAAGAAGGCCUCGUUUAGGUUUGUGGCAGCUGAAGGUAGAUCGGGUGGCCUGUUGACUAUAUGGAAUAAAGAUGAAUUUUUAUUUUCAAAAGAAUGGAGCGAGUGCAGAGUGUUAGUUAUUGAAGGAAGAUGGAUUAAGGAGGAUUUAGAAGUGGUAUUAAUUAAUAUUUAUGCUCCCAACUUAGCGUCUGAGCAGAGUGUUUUAUGGGGAGUAUUAAUGGAGCUGCGAAUUCAAUUUGCAAGUCCUUGGAUUAUGGGAGGAGAUUUUAACGUGGUGAGAUGCAGAAGUGAAAGGAGCAGAUGUAUGGGUUCAGCGAAUGGGUCUAAGGAAUUUGAUAAUUUUAUCCAAAAUUGUAAGCUUAUUGAUUUGCCAUUGGUGGGAAAGAAGUUUACUUGGUAUGGUCCUGAUAACAAAAAAAGCAAGCUUGACAGAUUUUUGGUGGAAGAACACUGGAUGAUUAAGAUUAAGGAUCUUCAGCAGCUGGGAUUAAAGAGAUCAGUUUCUGAUUAUAUUCCAAUUUUAUUAGCUGAUGCUGAAAUAGAUUGGGGUCCUAGGCCUUUUAAAUUCAUAAACGGAUGGCUGAGAAACAAGUAG